AUGGAUGAACUGACGACGGGCGUCGUUGGGAGGACGGAGUGUUACGGAACGAAGAAAAUUCGCACUCUAGUGGUGUAUUCUGAAAGUAGUGCGAAUUGGGUGAUAAAUCCUGAAAGUAGUGCGUAUUGGGUGUUAUAUUCUGAAAAUUCUCCCACCACUUAAUUUUCACACCACUUAAUUUUCACACCACUUAAUUCGAGUGUCCCCCAUGUAGUACAGUAGUAUCUUUUCCUUGCUCUUCCUUCUGCUUGGCUGUGGUGGUGGCUGUGGUGGUGGGCAAAGCAAGGGCAAAGGGCAAAGGGCAAAGCAAGCUUAAUUCGAGUGUCCCCCAACGUACGUAUUGGGUGUUAUAUUCUGAAAAUUCUCCUUCCACUGCCACCGCACAAGCAAGGGCAAAGCUUAGCUUAGCUUCGCUGGUAGUGGUGGUGGCUGUGCCGUCCAGCCGCUGCCAUCUUCCUCACCAGCAGCAGCUAGCAGCGGCGCCCUUCUCCGGCCUCUCCGUGCUUUGCUGUUCUUUGCUUUGGUUCGGGGAUCCGAUUUCCAUUCCAUCCAUCUCUUGCUCCCGCGGGUCUCGUCUCUGUCUGUGUUUCCCUGAUCAUUCAUUACUGGUCAUGUGGGGCGAUCGGACUCAUCACAAGCACUGGAAUCAAGCUCAUGUUCCCUCUGGAACUUCUAAGGACAAAUUCCAGGCCAAAGGGCAACCGAAGUUUAUUCCUGACAAUUACAGUUCAGUGGAUGAGGUUACUGCUGCGUUGAGAGACGCUGGUCUUGAGUCAUCAAAUCUGAUUCUUGGUAUUGACUUCACCAAAAGCAAUGAAUGGUCAGGCAGAUAUUCCUUUGGAAGAAAAUCUCUGCAUGCCAUUAGUGCCACCCCUAAUCCAUAUGAGCAAGCAAUUUCUAUAAUUGGGCGAACACUGUCUCCUUUUGAUGAUGACAACUUGAUACCAUGUUUUGGAUUUGGUGAUGCUUCUACGCAUGAUCAGUCCGUCUUCAGCUUCUACCAAGACAGUCGUUCUUGCUGUGGUUUUGAAGAGGUUCUUGAAAGAUAUAGGCAAAUUGUCCCACAUUUGAACCUUUCAGGACCGACUUCUUUUGCUCCUCUUAUCUACGCAGCAAUUUCUGUUGUCGAAAAUAGUAACUUGCAAUACCAUGUCCUCGUCAUCAUAGCUGAUGGACAGGUGACCACCUCAAAUACAAAGGAUGGAAAAUUAAGUCCGCAAGAGCAAGCAACUAUACAAGCAAUUGUUGAUGCAAGCUACUAUCCUCUUUCAAUUGUGAUGGUUGGGGUGGGAGAUGGGCCAUGGGAUGCGAUGCAACACUUCGAUGACUGUAUUCCUGACAGAGCUUUUGACAAUUUUCAGUUUGUGAACUUCACAGAGAUUAUGUCAACAAGUAAGGAUAUGCCAAAGAAAGAGGCUGCAUUUGCCCUUGCAGCCCUUAUGGAAAUACCUUCUCAAUAUAAAGCAACUCAAGGCCUCCGACCACUGGAGAAGCAUGCGGGUCAUGUGGCCAGUCAUCUGAGGAUUCUUCCUCCUCCAAACAAAGUUCUUGAGAACGACAACGCUGCAGCCUCACGUCCUCCAACUGCAAGCUCCCAGUCAACUGGCUUCGGAAAGAAUACCACUGAUGAGCAGGUUUGCCCAAUCUGCUUAACCAAUCCAAAGGACAUGGCUUUUCAAUGCGGUCACCUGACAUGCAAGGAAUGUGGCCCAACUCUAUCAACAUGCCCCUUAUGCCGCGUGCCAAUUACGAUGCGUGUAAGGCUCUACUCGUGAGGUCAUCUGACCUUCUAGAAUGCAGGAACAAAGGACUCAAUUCAAUCAGUAUAGUGUAUAUGGUGUCGAACAGUAAGGAGAUGAAGAACUCGGAAGCACAAGGACUCUCAAUUCAUGCCAAGAUGCGGAUGGCGUGAAAACUAUGUGAAAAAAAAGGCUAAAUUAAACUAUGCUGGAUUAGUUUCAGUUUCAAAGGACAGGUAUAUCCUUUGGGAUAUUGUAUUUGUUUCUUUUUCUUGUAUGUAGUAGGAAUAAGCUGACCUGUGAUGCUUGGCCCAAAGAACUUACCGAAGGCAGUUGCGGAGAUGGCUUUGCUGCUGCAUUGUUGAUCUUCAGAGACAAUCCUAAUUGGGACGAUUUCAAGUAGUGAAGUACCAAUACAUCCUUUCCUUUUGUCUUGCAGAUCAAAUUCCCUGUGACUGCAAUCGACCUGUUCUAAUUGCAGGGAUAUAAAAGUGUGAAACAAUGGGAGAAACACACGGUACCAGUCAUCUUAUUCUGAAACUCGUAAUGGAGGUCGAUCUGAAUGGAUCAGCUACGUUACGUGCUCAGCUCGUUGUAAUCUAUUUUAGCAGCUGAUUGUGUUAUUUACUUCAUCUUUUCAA